AUGUGGCUGCAGAAACUAAUUCUACUGGGCACUGUGGUUUAUAGCAUCUCUGCACCCAUCGGCCCUCCUGGCCCUGUCCCCCAGCCCAGGAAGUAUGUGGAUGCCAUCAUCAAGGAAGCCCUGAGCCUUCUGAACCACAGUAAUGACACCGAUGCUGAGACGAAUGAAACAGAAGUCGUCUCUAAUGUGUUUGACCCUACGGAGCCAACAUGCCUGCAGACCCGCCUGAAGCUGUACGAGCAGGGCCUGCCGGGCAGCUUCACCACGCUGAAGAGCCUCUUGAGCACGAUGGCGAGCCACUACAAGGAGUACUGCCCCCCCACCCCAGAAACUUCCUGCAAGACCCAUUUUAUCACCUUCAAAAGUUUCAAAGUGGACCUGAAGAAAUUUCUGGCUGACAUCUCCUCUAGCUGCUGA